CUCAGCGGGCGGUUGAACCCACGUCCAGAGCCCGGCAGAGAUGACUUAAACAGCGGAUGACUGAACCAUUUACACCCGCUUUAAACUUUUAUCGGAGUAUAAUGAAAGGAUGAAAGAAGACUCGAUAUGCUCCCACAGGACAAUGAAGAGCUAUUUUACACCAACUCGGAGUUAGUGAACCGAUGAUUUUUGUGUAAAAAUCUUCGUUAAGACAUGGCAAACGUUAAAGUUGCGGUUCGUGUUCGUCCUCCCAACGCAAGGGAGAGUGCAGAUGGAGGAAGGUUUGCAGUACAGGUGGAGGACAAGUUUGUGAAGAUUCGAAAUGUAAAGUUGGAUGGACGCACUGAUGGUGCUGUAGAUUCAAGGGAAAAGUUGCUGGAGUUUUGCUUUGACUACUGCUACUGGUCAGUGGACCCUGCAGACCCUCACUAUGCCUCACAGGAGGAGGUAUUCCAGGACCUGGGUGUGUCGGUGCUGUCUGGAGCCUCUGAGGGCUACAACAUUUGUCUAUUUGCUUAUGGCCAAACAGGAUCUGGAAAGACGUACACAAUGAUGGGGACAUCGGGCUCCAUUGGAUUGACACCUCGGAUCUGUCAGGGCCUCUUCAGGUCUGAAGACACUUUCCCUGACGGGCAAAACUCAAGCAGAGUGGAGAUUAGCUUCCUGGAGAUCUACAAUGAACGUGUGCGGGACCUGCUUCGAGGGGGAGGAGAGCAGAAAAAGAGAGCCGCCCUGAGAGUCCGAGAACACCCAGACAAAGGACCUUAUGUACAAGACCUUUCACAGCACGUGGUCUCAGACUGCAAGCAGGCCAUGGACCUUUUGGAGGAAGGCAUCGCCAACCGCAUCACUGCAGCAACCCACAACCAUGAUGCCAGCAGCAGAUCCCACGCCAUCUUCACCAUCCAGUACACACAGGCAAUCCUCGAAAACAACCUCCCUUCAGAAACUGUCAGCAAGAUUAACCUGGUGGACUUGGCAGGGAGUGAGCGUGCAGACCCAAAUUACUGCAGGGACAGACUGACAGAGGGCUCUAACAUCAACAAGUCAUUGGUUACCUUAGGCAUCGUCAUAUCAGCUCUUGCCCAGAACUCCCAGAUGUCCAGCAGCUGUCAGAGUAUCAACAGCGUGGCCUCUGAGGGCGAUGGCAGCACCAUUGGUAGCCACAGCAGCUCCCUGUCUGGAGGAGGAGGAGGUGCGAGAAGGCACUGCUUCAUCCCCUACAGAGACUCGGUCCUAACCUGGCUGCUGAAAGACAGCCUGGGCGGCAACUCAAAGACCAUCAUGAUUGCAACUGUGUCACCCUCUGCUACCAGCUACAACGAGACCCUCAGCACCCUGCGCUAUGCUGCCCAUGCCAGGAAUAUUGUCAACAAGCCUCGUGUUAAUGAGGACGCCAACGUUCGGCUGAUCAGGGAACUCAGAGAGGAGAUUGACAGGCUGAAGAGCAUGCUGCUCAGCUUUGAAAUGCAGAGGAAUCCCAGUCCAUCACUGAGUGAUGAGAGGGAUGGAAACCUUUCUGACAUUGUGCUGCAGAACGAACUCAAGGUGGAGCAGCUCACAAAGGAUUGGUCAGAGAGCUGGAGAGACAAGAAGGAGCUGCUGGAGCAGUACAGCGUGGACAUCAACAGAGACCAGGCUGGAUUCCUCAUCAAUUCCCUCCAGCCGCAUCUGGUUUCUCUGGACAGAGAUGUUCUCAGUACCGGGGUCGUCUUCUAUCACCUCAGGGAAGGAGUUACCCACAUUGGACUGCAGGAACACUCUGGAGAGCAACAAAUAGUCCUGCAGGGCAGUGCCAGCUGUGAGAUUGAAAACCACGGAGGUGUUGUAACACUGAGACCACUGCCGGGCUGUGUCUGUCUGCUGAACGAUAGAGAGGUCACCGAGCCCUGCAGACUGGCUCAAGGGAUGAUAAUCACCUUGGGAGGAGUGCAUAAGUUUCGUUUCAACCACCCGGCAGAGGCAGCCGUGCUCAGGGAACGCAGACGGGCCAGUGAAAGCGGCAUGACCUGCACCUACAUUGAUCUGUGCCCUUUGAGUCCUGACCACAGUGCUGAAGAAGUAAAACUCCAAGGGCAGCUGGGAGACUGUCUUCCCCCAAGUGAGGAGCCUACUGCGAGGCAGCGUGUGGAGGUACAGCAACGCUACGUGGAGAGUUUGAGACAGGAGAUUCAGGCUGAACAGAGACGGGCCGAGAGAGAGCUGGAGCGAGAGCAGGCCCAUCUCCGACAGCAGCACAGUGAGAUCCAGCAGUGGAUUCUGCAGGAGAAACAGCGCCUAACAGCUGCAGAACAAAGAAGUACCCAAGAAUCAGGAGUUCAAACAGACCUUCUCCCUGCACCCCUUCUGGAGCGCCUAACAAGUCAAGCACCUGAGGAUCAGGAUGGUCAGACAGUUGAUCAACCACCGAUGUUAAUAAGGGCCAGGAAGAGGGCGGUACAGGAGGAGCUACUAAAGCAUCACGCUCUCUGCCGUGCCGAGAGCCGCAUCCGUCGGAAAAGGUUGCACUAUCAGCUGGAGAGAAUUGCCCGUAAGAGGCAUCUACUGGAAGCUAAAAGGGAAUUGCAGAAGCUGGAAAGGGAGCUGCCUCCAGGACUGGACAGUCCUGAGUCUCCUGAGUUGCCAACACAAGUCAGAGGAAGGCAGUUUGUUUCACGUAGACACUCAUUUUCUGCAGAUCUUCUGUCCCGGCUCUACCCACAGCACACUCCUAUCUUCAGACACUUCCUCAAGAGAAAUAGAUCCACAGAACUGCCAUCAGAUUCCUGCUCAACCUCUUAUUCAAUUGGCAGGAAAUGGGUUUCAGAUGAGUGUCUUCCUCGGGGAAGAACCCAGAGUUGUUCUGCCAAGAUCAUCUCAGGUCAAAGUCAAGCUAGCGGAAGUAGAGUAAGCUCCUGCGAGAACAUUACGCCAGUGGUCAAAAAUGAGCCUCAGCCCUGCCGGGGACGACCGGAAAGAAAACCUCUGCUGCCAAACAGAGACCUGUCUUUUAAGAUCAGAUCAGAUCAGAACUCAGCGUUUAGUUUGAAGUCACCUGUUGGAAAGUCUUUGCAGCCAGUGAGUAAGGAAAAUGUUCAAGGACCCAAAACCAGUGAAUCAAGUUCUCCGAUUUUCUCUUGCACAAACAAAAUAACACAACCCUUUACUGAUAGCAAUGAAGUGGAAACCGUUAUAAAACCUUGCUCUUCUUCUGUGGGGCCCAAGUUGAAAACAGUGCUUUCUAAAGUGUUCAAGAAGCCACCCUCAGGUGUGAAAGGAGGCAGAAGCCCCAAAACCUUUGGGAAGAUAGCAAGCAAAUUUAACUGGAGGCAAAGAAAAGACCGUGGCCCGAAAGAUCCCAAGAUGAGCCGUAACAGAUGUGCUGUUAAAACAGCCAUCUCAUGUGAGAGGCUUGACCAAAAGACACCGUUGGAUGACAUCAAACAGAGACGAUGGCAUAGCACUGAGACUCUGAUGAAUAAGACCAGCAGAUGGGUUGAGAACCAUCAGUGCUUAAUUGGAUGGGAGGAAGGGCAAGACGACAGAGAUGAAGGGAUGUCAGACUCUGAGAGCCUUUUCUCUCUUGAUUCCCUCUCCUCUGCUUAUGCUACAGCCUUAGCAGAGCAGCUGCGACAUGAGGAAGCAGCUCAGAGUGAAACAGAGAGUGAAGACAGUCAGAUGUCGAAGGAUUCUUUGGCUAUGGAAAGCAGCGGGAAAAACACAGCAGUGGAGCGGUAUUGCCAAACAUUGGUGCCAACCUACUCAUUAUUGACAGAUAGCUCCCAUUCACUCAUACAUAACUGUAGAACAGGGGAGACCAUUUUAGAUGGGAACAGCUGUCAUAAACCUCAGGUAAUCCCAGCAGAGACAUGCUGGAGCCAACAAGGCUCUCCAAGAUCAAAUCAUUGCAGUGCAAUGAAGAACACUCCUCCUCAUAAGCAAUUAGUAACAAAUUCCAGCUGCAGAGACACUGUACACAAACUGAUUGACGACUUUGGAAACAUCCAAACUACAUCGACAAGCAGCCCAGGCUCCCUGAGCAGCUGCAGCAUUAGGGAGCCAGAAAACAUGCUGGCUCUCACCGAUGCCUGGUCCUCCACAGAUGCAGCAGAUAGUCCAAGGAUUCACAGAGAUUCCCUGCCUUUCCAAAGAAAGAAUGUGCUCAGAUGUGUAGAAAGUAGCAGUAGCGGCAGCCCUAGCCCCAUCACUACAAACCUCCUAGAGUCUCAAAGUGAAUCUAGAAGCUGUAGCUCAACGUCCACCAGUGCUAGUGGUGUAAAUGUGACCGUGCAGGAACACAGUGUUGAGAAUUCAAGGGGAACCACAGGAACAUCAAAUUUUCCACACUCUCAAAGUCUAACAACAAAAGAGGAAGCUCUGAAGGAGGUAGCAUAUUGUGUGGAACAAAAAGAUAGGGUGUCAAAACUCUUUUCAGAUACUUCAGGCUACGGUAGCAACAAAAAUCCAACUGAUUUACCUAACCCAAAUCAAGCCAUGCAUUUGUCACCAACUGAUGUCUGCCAAUCUAAACAAAUAUCACAAGUCAUACUGCCUCAGGUAUUCACUGAUGAGUCUGAAAUGGUGCUGGCUGACUUUGCAAUGCCCUCUGCCUCUGAAAAGUGUACAUCAGGUAUUCGAAUGUCCCCAACCAGUCCGACUAAACAGGGUCAAGUUUUAAGCAAGAAUUCUGACUCUGAAAGUGCCUCUAAACAAUCCACUAAAGAUGAAGGACUGUGCAAUCCAGAUUGUCUGAUGGAAAAAAAGACUCAUUUUCAGCAGCAUGACUUUGGGAAUACCAAUUUUUUCAAAAGGGACCAAACGUUGGACAACGUUGAAACCAAAGGCACUGAGCCGUACAUUUCUUUACAGCAGGAGCUUGUUAAAUCGGCUUGUAAAAAUUCCAGGAAGAGGAACAAAGACCAACAGGAUUCUUUCAUGGGCAGCCUAAAAAUACCAAAAUGGACCAAACGCAAAGAGUCGGUAACUUUGUGCCUUACACCAGUUGGCAGCCGAGAAGGUAAUUGGCCUGAUGACAAUAAUAACACCAGUGACUCAAAGGGGGAGCAAUCUUCUGUCGAAGCUGACAGCCGUGAAUUUGAUUUUAUUACUGUUGAUGGCACAAAAAGACAGGACAAUGUGGCUUCAGUGGUGUCGCCAGUUUACGAUCCCAUGAGCGGAAAACUUGGGCCCAGUUUCCAGAUCUUUGAGGACUUUGAAUGUAACAAAUGUUCUCAGAGUGGUACCUCUGUGGGGGAGAGACUGUCGGUUGAAUCGGUUGGUGUCACAAUAAAGGAAAUACCUGCCGAAACAAAAGGAGGAGAAUGCCAGACUGAUUACCCCAGAAAACAUCAAGAAAAUAGGAAACACACAUGCAAAUCUGAUGCAAUUUGUAGCGCCAUUGAUCUGAGAAUCUCAGAAGUGGUGAAAGAGCACAUGAGUUUGUCAUUGGUUAGCCCUACUGUUGAGAGGAAGAGCAGGAGUAAAAGCCUGAAUGCCUUAUGUUCUGUAUUAAAUGUCAGCUGUAGUAGUGAGAAAAACAAAUGGGCAGAAAAAGAAGUGCAAGACAAAGAAGUGGAAUUAAAAGAAAUCCUCAGUGAACCCUUUCUACUUGGAAAGAUGGAGAGUGAAGACAUAGUGGACAAAAAUGAGCAACAGCAACCUGAUCAGCCAGCUGAACCAAUGGCUGUCCAUGAUCCAAACAUGCUUGAAUCAACUAAAGUAUUACAAAAGAUCAACCAGGGUGGUAACUUUUCUAAUACAACACCAGACCAGUCAACAGUUGAUCAUUCAGCUGGGGUUUUCAAAAGCUCCUCUGCCGUAAACGACAUCCAGUCAAACUCUCAAAGUGUCAGCAGUUCCAGCUUGGACCCAGUUGGUUCGUCCUCAAUGAAUGAUGCCUCCUCUGCAAGGAAGUGCAUGUAUUUCCAAGCAAACACUGUAGAGAAAGAGGUUUUACUUCAAAAACUGAAUGUAACUGGUGGUCAGAAAGUAAGCUCUUCAUGUUAUCCUGUUGCCAACAAUCCAUGUUCUAAUGAAGGUGGAACCCAGAGCAGUCCAAACACCUCUACUUUAACUCCUGAUUUCCAAAAACGUCAACAAAUACCACAUGAAACGCCUUCUUCCAAAGGGUAUACAAAAGAAAUCAAUGGCUAUAGUCAUGUUAAGGAUGUUAAUGUGGAAGCCACAUCCAGGGUUGAAGAUGAAGAUGGCUUUUCAUUCAAACAAAACUCACCAAGUACCAUUCAGCAGCUCAAAAAGUAUCCUGAAACACAUCAAGCAAACCAGAACACACAUAGUGAUGAGAGUUUCUCUUUAAAUCUUGUUACAACAGUUGGAAAUGGUGAAGUAGACAGCACAACGGGUGACAAAGGUUGUAUCAGAUGUGAACAGAAUUGCUCUAAUAACUUCGCGCAGACUUGUGCUGUCAGUGAGAACUACAACGGCAGAUGCCAGCAUGUUUCAAACCAUACUCAGAUUAAUAGCCAACACACUUGUGUAAUGCCAAAUGACAAGGAGACAUUUCACAACCAAUCUGAAGCACAGGUUCCAAAAACAUCCCAAUCAAACUCAGAGGUAACUGAUAACAGUUCAUCACAGCUAAAUUCCAAAAUACCCCAAGAAAAUGUGAUCAGAAAUGCGAGUUGCUGCAGACAGGUUCAGCUGAACCCAUAUGGGGAUAAACUGGCUCAUUCCUCUCUCAUGCCAAAGAAAGGGAGGUCCAAAAGGUUUAGAAGGUCUAAGAUCCAGACAUAUCCCACUUCUUCCUCCGAGUCUUCCCUUAAAUCUACAGAUGAGGAUGAGGAACAUGAGGAAAACAACAGAAUGCUUUCCUCUAAAUGGGUUAAACUUGGACAUCAGAGCAAUUGCAAACUGGAGGCCAGGCUAAUCAGAGGUGGCAAUGAGGAUAAUUCUCAAGUUUGUGCAAGCAAAUCUAACACAAAGACUUACAUGAAUCUGGAUAAAAGAUGCUCUCUGCCCACUCAAGUAAUGCCACAAAAGACAGUUACUGAAACAGUCAUCCCAUAUGUGAAGAAAGGUGAGCUACAACAUACAGCCAUGGCUCGGGACUCUCCUAUGCAUUUUGCCUCCAGUGAUAUCAACCCUUUCGUUCACCAGUGGCAAAGCGAUGGCUCAAACCAACCUUACUAUAAGAACCCAGCAUUUGGAAGUGCUGCUGACCUCUCCUGUAAAUCUCCACUUCUAAACAGCUCUGAAAAACAAAUCACAAGAUGCUGUAGCGUUGACAAUGGUUUGAACUCGCCUUUCAAUUCUCACCUGAGCACUUAUGUCACCAAUAAGGGGCUUUCAAGCACACUAAGCAGUAUGGAGGAUUAUAAGGAGAAUAAGAGCAAAACAUCUCAGCCACAUCCGCAGGCUUCUGUUGAAACUCGCAAUCAUUCAGCUCAUCUGACAGUGAAAGCUGGAAGUUCUGAAACUUCUUCAAGUAAUGGGGCUCAAAGUGGGAUUGGUAACAACCCCAGUCAGGUGGAUGAAAUUAUGUUUGUCUACUCUGAAAAAGACUCCAAGGCAAGUCAGACACAAGCGCAAAGGAGUAGGACGUUAGAACAUGGCACUCAAACUGACUGUAGGCUUCACACAGUCAUUACUGGCAACAGUGACAGUGCACUGAAGAGGAAAGAGCGCCACAAAAGAAGUAAAACAGAUGUUCCUACAACUCAAAAAAUGAAAGUGGAUAUUAAAGAAUCACCAACAUGGGCAAGCAUGGAAAGCAUGUCUGUUCAAAUAUCAAAGCUGAUCAACAGCACUUCAGACCUUCUAGAGGAUGUCCAGGGAAUGAGGACAGGCGAUUCUCUCAACUCCAUAACAAAGAGAAGUUUUAACUUGUUAAAUACCAAUACUUCUUACAAUGAAUCUAAUGACUGUAGCAAAAGAGACUGCUCAACACAGACAUCCAUAGAUGUUGGAAUCCAGACAGAUAGAUCCUCUUCACCAGCCAAGAAUGAGGUUCACCAAACUCCUUAUGAACAGUCCAAACCUCAUGAAGUCAAUGUAAUAGUCAAAGUAAUUGGUUCUGAGGUUGUCAGUGUAUCUCAAGACCAAAAAGUGCACUGUCUCGUGAAGAAUAAGGCAAACACAGAUGAUAAGAUGCAGAGUAUGCCUGACUUGAGAUAUAAAAGCUCAAGGGCUUCCUGCCAGUCAGACAGUGGCCCAGUAUCACAAGUGAAGACUACUGGUGAAAGUCAAAGGCGUGUAAAAUCGGCUUUUUCUGGAGUUUCAAAGCAAAACCUACCUGAAACAUUGUUCAACAAAAGCAGAACAUUAUCUGAAACCAUCCAUAGAUCGCCAAAAAAGUCUGACAGCUCCAGUAAUUGCUUGAGAAAUGACUUGAAGAAAGCUACAUACACAGACCGUGCUUCAUCUCCAAUACAGACCGUGGCUGUUGGGUUGCGUAUAAAGCAGAAAGGAAACCAAUCAACACAAUAUUCCUCCAAAAACCAGGAUUGUAAUUCUGAAAAAGACGGCUUUACUGCACAAUCAUGCAAACUUUCUGGAUGCAAAACUGUUUCAGAGACUGAUAACAUUUCCAGACAGGGCUGUGAUGUGUCUUCUUGUACAUCAGAAUCCUUAUCACUUGGGAAAGAGAGUCAAGUGCCUUGCUCAAGCCCAAAAGAUUCCGAUAAGGGCUCUAUAAGCCUAACUUCAUCUCUGGAUGUAUAUACAGGCCCCAAGAGGCAAAAUGUCUCCCAUAAAAGUGACCAAUUCACAUGGCACAUGGAGGAAGGGACUUCAACAGGAGGUUUAACCAUGCAUAAACAAAUCAGUCCAAUAUCAAGACCACCUCAUGUGCACAAAGCUAGACAAACAGAGGAGGCAAACUACUCAAGAGCUGCACUUGAGUGUGUAGAUUUUUGUGUUGAUACCUACAAUCAGUCCCAACUUAGCAAAACAACUCUUCAAGAGGAUGAUAUGGUGUCGCUGGCACCCAGUGAGUGCAACACAGAUGUCCUUGUAAACUUUGAACCAAUCAGCAGUGUGUCCCUGUGCAAAGACCAACAGAUUAUCCCGGAAGACCUCCCCAUGCACAACAAGUUCACCAACUGGUCAGGCAUCAGCCACCAGCAAUCAAAACCAUCCAACAAACAGGCCUCAGUUCUAGCCAAAGACUAUGUCAAGAGCAGGAAGAAUGCUGAGUGGGGUGAAAUGGAGAGUCACGGCUCACAUGUAGAAUAUACAGGGCAGAGCAACAGACGGGUGAGAGAGAUUGAGAGGCUGAGGCAGGAGAGAGAGCAUGUCAUGGCAACCGUCAACAUCAGCAUGAACCACACGCCGCUGACUGUGGAGCUCACAGAGGCCAAGCUACACUACAGCCUGGGAGAGACAGACACACUGUUAAAGAUGCUGUCUCCAAGGUCCACAGAGGAACCAGCAACAUCUGCUCCAACCAAACAGCAGCUGUACGAUCAACAUCGCAGGAGUAUUGAGGGUCUGAGACAGCAGAGGGAAGACCGUCUGCAGUCUUAUCGCAGAGCUCGUAGUUUGAGUCCAAGCAAACAUCUUCACACCUCUCCACCAGAGGCUGCUUUCUCCUCUAAGAUGUCUGCUGCCACGCCCAUUAGGCAUAAAGAGUACCUGCGACAGCUACACCAAGAGGUGAUUGACAACACCAGAACACCAGACCCACCACGAGGAGAGGGCCAGUGUCCAUCUGACAUUGAGCAGCUCCUGCGGGACUAUGGGCGAGCCCGAGAGGAGGCACGGACAGAGAUUGCGAAGGCUCGAGAACGACUGCGAGAGAGGACCGAACAGGAGAAGAGGAGGCUUCAGCAGCAGGCUCUGUCACAGGAAGCCAAGGAUGACUUGAGACAUCGUACAAGAAUCAGUAGCAGUACCUUGUGUACUGGAUCCAGCCUCAGCCUCUCUUCUGGACCGACUUCAGGGUACAACAGUGGCAACGCUGCCCAGCUACAGCAAAGCAACAGAAUGCUUCUUAAUGGACAGAUGCCAGAGUUCCAGGAUGAAGGGCUGAAGGUCAGGACAUGUCCUCCUGUAUGUGGUCCACAAAGUGUGAAAACACACAGAGUGUGGCUGUCUGCCCAUGAUGUUCGUCUUGAACCUCCUGUGACCGGGUUUGAGCCACUGAUGGCUUCGACGCCAUCACCAACAGCUUGUCCACGUCAGCGCACUGCCUCCUUUGGCUCCUCCUCUUCCAUAUCCAUAGCCUACCAGGAUAUUACAUCCAGUCUCCUCAGCCGAGCUCUGGCCGAGGUGCGGUUGGCUUCUUCCGGGGAUUUGAGCAACCUGCUGGUAGGCAAGCCCACAGCAGGCUGGAGAUAUCAGGGGGAAGAACGAGGCAUCCAGGCUUACUACAAGCCCUCCUCCAGCCCGUCUGUCCACGGUUUUCUCGGGGCCGGGGAGCUGAACAGACCUGUGGACAGUCUGUGGAACAUAAUCUGCCAGCUGUCCAAGAGCCACAUGUACAAUCAGUCAGUCCGUUCAGUCUGGACACGACCACUAGAUGACAGCACUCAGCUGGUGUACAUACUGACAGAUCCGUCCUCCUGCCACCUCAGCCAGCCGCGAGACUUCUGCUGCAUCAGCACUGAAUCCAAACGGGGUGGCCGCUACAUCCUGGCGAUGCAGUCUGUGUUUGAGGAGUCUCUGCCUCGUCCUAGUGUAGACGCCGUCCGAGGGGAGAUGAUGCCCAGUUGUUGGAUACUGCAGCCAGUCAGGCAUAAUGGAAAGGAAGUCACCAGGAUCAUCUACCUGCUACAGGUGGACUUAGGAACUCCAUCUUUUCCUCACCGAUUGUUAAACACUGUUGCCAGAAGACAAGCGGCUGUCAUUGCUGACCUUGAUGUUUUCCUCGCUUCGUAAAUCCCUGGGAUGAAGACACAUUAGCUGUGAGCACUUAGACUAAACUGUCUCCAGCAGGGAGUUAGUCUGUCUUUUACUUUUGCACCUGAAAACUAUUUACUUGACUUUUUUUAAUUCUAAGAGCACUGUUACAUUGAUUUUUAUUUUUUAAAGUUGAAGCAGCUUUUUUGCAUGAAGGUAUUUUUUAUAUUAAAGAUUGAAACUGUGUUUUUAUAUGUGUAAUGUACAGUAUCGCUUGUAACAAUCAGAUUUCCUUUUUUAUUAUUAUUUUUUUAUUUUUUCUACCAAAGAUUAGUAAGAAGCCUUAGGGAACCACUUGAAAUGACAUUAAGCUUGAUAAUUAGAUAGCGACUGCUUCAAAGAUUCCCCAUUAAAUCCAUUUAUUGAUCUUAAAAAAAAAAAACAAAGGUAAUUUCUUAUGUCAAUCAUAGCUUAAUUGUAUCAGCAGUUCAGCUCCCAAACAGUUCAACACUAUGAUGUUGGCUUUUUUUUUUUUUUUCAAUUUUAUGACAUGGAGCUGAUAUGUUAGAGUUUAUAAGGUCAGUUACAUAGCUUUAGCAGAAAAUACAAGGUCAUACUUUUUUAGUCAGUGGUGGUUAUUUACUAACCUACUGUUUUAUGAAUACAAGAAAGUAAAUGUAGCCCAAUUUAAGCUCAUAUUCAGAAGCAAUACAGCUUUUCCUCGGAUCUAAUUUAAACAUUUUUCUAAGAAGCAAAGAUAUGUAAGGUAUGUACUUAUUUCCUCAGGCAUUGCAUAUUUUAACCACUGAAAGUUGUUAAUUCAGCAGAGAAUGAACUUCUGAAGCAAAAAGGGAAAGUAUGAACUUUUUAGAGGAGAUGGAUCAUCAAAAAAGGUUAAAGAAAGGAAAGUUUAACUUUCCUGGAGAGGGUUGGUUUGCAACACUUUUCAAAUCUAUAUGAUUUUUUUCUGUUAUAUUUCCUCAAAAAAACACUACCAACUAAAAACAACUUUAACCCAUUAAAGCCUGAAAACACCAAUUAAAGCCAGGAAUUUCUCAUUUUUUUGGAUCUGAAAUGUUUAUUUACCUUUCUACUGAAAUUCAAAAUAAUCCAAAUUUCCAUUAA